AUGGCUGCUGUCUAUUACGCGCUGAAUGGCCGUGGCUUGACAGGCUCCCCUCCUGACCCCGCAAUCACAGAGCCACCAGAAGCCUACAACAGAGACAUCUUCAAGCGUCAGAAUGCAGGCACUUAUGAUAUUUGGAGCUACUAUUCUCUCCCUGGGCAGUUCUGGAUCGCGAACUUUUGCUAUUACUCUGAUGUGCCAAUGACCUGUGCGACCAGCUGUAGUCACAUUGGAUGCGAUGGAUACAUCAAGACGAGAUGCUUUACUGCAUUGACUUGCACCUCGAUAUCAUCACAUGACCUAUGCUGCUCUUCGGGAUGUGUCACUGUGCUUUCGACUGAUAGUGGCGGUGAAGAGUUCACCCUCUAUCCGUUGUGUGUGACGAAGGAUAUGGAGAUGACCAUUUACAAAGCUCUGAAGGGCGUCUCGGCCAGCAUGGAAACGUCAAUCGAGUCUACUUCCGAGCCUACAAGUUCAGACGGCGAGUUGACUACAAAGACAGGAACGACAUCAGAGAGCAACACCCAAGAGACUACCUCACCUGCUGAAUCGUCUUCAAACUCUUCUGCGCCUGUAGGAGCUAUUGUCGGCGGCGUUCUUGGGGGGCUUGCCAUACUCGCCUUGAUUGGCUUUGGUCUCUGGUUCAUACGCCACAAAAAGCGUCAAGCAGGUAAUGGAUCCCAGGUGGUCGCAACAAUCGAUCAGCCUCCAGUAGCCCCUUAUCGCCCACAACAGUCUGCCACCCACUCCCGAGGUGAGGUGACUAUCAGCCUCUGGCGUCAGGUCUUGCGCCUGAGCCAAAGGCGUACUCGCCUUCUUCUAACAUGCGGCAUCCGGCCUUCAAUGAAGUCCAACCGUUCCAUCAUGAUAGUACUAGCCCAGCUGGAUAUCGCUGAGAUUGGAAAGAAAGGGUAG